AUGUCGAUCCAGCCGAUAAUCACUUUCAAGGCCGGCGUGUGCGAUCUCAAUUCAAACCACAAAGUCAAGCCUAAGGACACGCCCGGAUACGUCUAUCUCUACGAGGAAGAUGGAAUGCUACACUUCUGUUGGCGGCCGAGAGACCAGCCCGUCAAUCAGCCCGAACUCGACUUGCUUAUGAUCCCUGGCGAUGCCUCCUUCAUGCCCUACGUCGGCGAGGACGACGACACAGAGAAUGUUCGAUCGCCCACCAGCGGCCGCAUCUGCGUCCUAAAGUUCAAUUCCAGCUCCCAGCGGUACCUCUUCUGGCUACAAUCCAAGUCACAGCACCCAAGUGGCGACCCGAGCUGUUUCAGCGAGCGGGACUUGAAGAUUCAAAACAUAGUAGACAUGCUACUGGCUGGGGAAGAGAUUGACGUCCAGGCGGAGCUAGAAUCCCUCCGCAACCUACCGCGCGGGCCUCGAAGGGACGGCGACGACGACGAAACAAUGGAGGAUGUGGAGGGCACGAAUCAUUCACAAGGGCACCAUGGCGGCGGCGCCGGCGGUGCAGGUCCCGAUGCUACAGGUGGAGACUACCGAGAAGAAGGCGAGGAGGCUCGAGAGGGCGGUGCUGAUGGCGCCCGAGCAGCCGCAGCAGGCACAACGGACGCACAACAAGCCGUGCAGAACUUCCUCAACUCGCUCAGAGGAGCAGGUCUUGGCGGGCAAGAGGCGGGCGGAGACGAAUUCACCACGCUCAUGGACCUCCUGUCGCCCAACAUCACGAUCCCAGUCAUUGACAGAGCACCAGCUUCUCUCAUAAACUCACUUUGCUCCCACCUCCCGCCCAUGAUCCUUCUCCUUGCCCAAGAGAUCGACGAUGUCGCUGAAGUGGAUCCUACCUCCGAGACAGCACAGGCAGCCAUCGAAGCAUUGGACCAGGACAGCAAAAAGGAUGUGCUGAAGAGAGUGCUCAAUUCCCCGCAGAUGCGCCAGAGCCUCGCUAGCCUGACUGUCGCGUUGAGAGAUGGCGGUCUUCCGAACGUGAGUCAGGCGCUCAAGAUCGAUGUCGCCAACGGUGGGUACAUACGAGGUGGCGCCAUGCCGAUAGGAGGCGGCGACGCUGUGAAGGCGUUUCUUGAGGGUGUUAAGAAGACGGUACAGAGAGAAGCGGAAGGGGAGGAGAUGGACACGAGUUAAGCCUGAGUCAUCAAACGACGAGGGCGUUUGUACGACAUGAGUGAGACAUGGGUAUGAAUCAAAGAGUUGACGAGCUUGUCUCUGCGACCUAGAACGACAGACACAUGCAUGCCGUCCAUUCACCCUGCCACAUCCAUGUGAAGGCCACGCAACGAAGGUGAAGUUGCGACAAGGAGUUACUGGGUCCUUCGUCAUUCAUCGUGCGUGUCACUUGUCCUAAACCGCAUUUCUCUCGCCUAUCUUUCUCUUCAUAUCUUCAUUUUUCUGGUUACAUUCUUCUUUUGCUUUUGCCUUUAUCAUUACUAGCUC